CAUCUCUUUCUCUCUCUCUCCAUGGCCGAGAGAACAAUCCUUGUUUUUCCCUUUUCUCCCAAACCCUAACGCUCCUUCAUCAAGAAUCUUCAAUCAAAUCUCUAUCUUUCUCUUUUCUUGAUUUCUAUCUUUUUCUUCUUUUUUUUGUUACAGAUUUCAUUACAUUUUCUUCUUUCAGAUUUCUGAUUGAUGAAUCUUUCAAAUCUGGUUGAGAUUUGGAUGACCUAAAUGAUGAUUCCAGAUCCGAAUUUGGUCUAUUACUCUUGUGUUGCAAAAGGAACAACUAUCCUUGCUGAAAUCAAUUCAAAAGAUGCCGAUCUUGGAUCCCUAGCUUUGAAAUGCCUUGAAAAGACUCCGCCUUUGCAUACCUUUUUCUCUCAUACUAUCCGAAACAGGACAUAUAUGUUCCUGAUAGAAAACCCAUAUGUGUUUUUCGCCAUAUUCGAUGAAAAAAUUGAUAAAUCGGAUGGUCUUGCGUUUCUCAAAGGGGUUGAAGGGGCGUUUCGUGGAGUGAUUGAGAGAUCUUCUGGGAAGAAGCGUUUGGAUAAAUUGAAUUCGCAUUGUUUUCAGGGAGAGUUGAAUCCUGUUUUUCAUCAGCUGCUGGAUUCAAGUAUUGUGGAUGAGGGUUCUAAUUCCCCGAGGAGUGAGCUGGAUCAUGGACGAAGCGCGAGUUUGGAUUCUGUUAAAGGGAAGAAAAUUGGGUCAAUGCCAUUGCUUGCUGAUGCUGCUAGUAGCUUGAAGCUAAAAAAGAAGAGGUUUUUCGGGCAGUUUAAGAAGAGGAAUGAUGAGAUGUGUGAGAAGAGAGUGGAUGUUUCGGAUGAUGGGAUCAGAUUGAGCAGAGAUUUUUCAGUUGUUAUGCAAAAGAAUGGAUUGAUUCAUGGAGAAGGAGGGCAUCAAAAAGCUAAGAAAGUUUGGAAGAAACAAGUUUGGGUUGUCUUGUCAUUGGAUUUAAUAGUCUGCACCAUUUUGUUCAUAGUUUGGUUGUGUGUUUGCAGGGGCUUCAAAUGCAUCGAUGCUUGAUUGAUAUUGAUACUACUUAUGUUGUGUGUUUUUGCAUCUAUCCCUACGAUAGAUGUUUUCCACUGAAUUGGAUACAUUACAUUCUGGAGGAUUAAAUGCUUCAUGUGUUGUGUUCACCGUUCUCACUCGAGCUACUUCUGUCAAAUCUGAAGUCUUUUUCUCAGUAUGGGGCCGAUUUGAUAUGUUUCUAAGCAACUUUUUAUUAAUGUGAUGUUUUUAAGUUGUGCAUUCUGUGGAUAUUAUGACAUAUGCAAACUUUUCUUUUUAAGAUAUUUGUGUUAUCUUUGCAGAUAACCACUAUAAAUUGUAUGAUACUU